AUGGAACGAAUGCGAUGUCGUAUUUGUUUAAAAUAUUCCGAUAGAUAUUUAGAGUUAUUUGCCGAUAGCGAAGCAUCAACAACAUAUGCGAAUAACAUAAGGCAUUUAGCUGAAGUCGAAUUGCUUCCCAGUGAUGGCCUGCCACAACAAAUAUGUAAUGUGUGUUGCGCUGAAAUUGAAAACAUUAUAGAUUUUUGCAUUUUAAUCCGACAAAGUGAUGAGCUAUUAAGAAAUGAGCAAGAGGAAAGAAAACCACUGGAGGGAAAUGUACAAAUAUUGGAUAAUGAGGAGGGUUACAUGCAAGUAUGUGUGCUAGAAGAGGAAGUACUGGAUGCCGAAGAAGAAGAAAACAUAAUUUGUUUCACUUCUCCACUAAAGGAGGAACAAAAUGUAGAGGAGCUUCAAAUGGUGGAAGAAAUCAUUGAGGUCGAUGAGGAAGAACAAAAACCGAAAGUGCUGCAUCAACAACAGCAGCUUGAAGGCGAUGUUCCUAAACCCUCACCCAAAGGUCCAUUAGAAGAACUUGCCCAAGUAGCUGCCACCCAACAAAAUGUUAUUGUGAAUGACCAGCAAAGCCUUACUGAUGAUGUGAAAACUAUAACAGAAUGUCAUCCAGAAGAUGAAUGUGAUGACAACUAUCUCAUAGUCUACAAUCCUGCCGACGAAGCUUCUCACAACUUUAAGCCCCCAAAAUGGAAAUGCAUUGAGUGUAAAAAGAUUUUACGAGGAGACGUUUCUUACGAGGGUCAUAUGAAUAUACAUAAACAAUCGAGACCUCAUGUUUGCCCAGAAUGUCGUUGUCAGUUCAGAUGUCGCAACACCCUAAAAAAACACAAACAGUUGAGACAUACAAAAAGACCUAAGCCAGAUGAUGCAGAGAGGUCUUCAUCUGUUAAUUAUAUGUGCAUACAAUGCGAUGAAGAAUGUCACAAUGAAAGAGAUCUUUUGAUACAUGAAGUUCUUAAUCACGGUCAUCGUCCCGAUAUACAAACUUGUCCUUUAUGUCCCGAUCUUGUGGUAGAUGAUAUAGUGGACCAUUUACUUUAUGUUCAUGCUCGUAAAAUGAGACAAACGGCAGAAGUUGAUGAGAACAAUUUGGCGACGACAGCAACUGUGCCACCAUUAACCCUUCAAAGCAAACAAUGUUCAUCUACGGAAGACAAUGAUAUUGUACUAGAUGAGAACGAAGACAACAUGUUGGAAAAUAGUAGUGCCAUUAUUAAUUGUGAUGUCUGUAAUAGGAAAAUAUCGAAGAAAAAUUUGAAGAGGCACAUGUCAUUGCAUGAGCGAAAGGAUAAGAUGCCAAACGAAGAGGACACUAACAAGUUUUUGUGUACAUUUUGCCCUCGUGAAUUUAAAAGUUCAAAAUCCCUGUAUCAACAUGAAAAAACCCAUCAAGGAGAAUCCCCCGAUACAGUGUAUGUGUGUGGCGAUUGUGAUCGUCAGUAUACCUCACAAUUCCUAUUGGAAACCCACCGCAAGCAGGCCCACAAGGAACGAGAUCAUGUUUGUUCUAUAUGUGGCAAUGCCUUCAAACUAAAAAAUCAACUCAUGAAUCACAUGAAACUACAUCUAGAAAAGAAUAUACAAUGCCCCCACUGUGAUAAAAAGUAUGCCCGGCAGUUUGACUUAAAUGUCCAUCUGAGAUCUCAUACUGGAGAGAUGCCUUUUGCGUGUCACUUAUGUAGCAAACGAUUUGCCAUCAAAGUCCGAUUGACAUAUCACCUGCAAAAGCAUUACGGCAUCAAGCAUCAAUGCAAACAAUGUCAUGCAGAAUUCAAUUCCAGACAGAAGCUAAAAGCACACACAUUUAAACACACGGGCAUGCCAUAUCGUUGUGAGUUAUGUGAUGAUCAUGGAUUUUCCACACGUGUAGUAUUCAAGCGCCACUUGAAUCGUGUUCAUCAAGCUACCAUGAGCGACGAGGCCUUAACCGAAAUGUUCGAACGUAACACUGGAAAAACGAUUAAAAUUAAGCAAAUCAAUCAAUUAGCAGAGGAACCACCUGAAGUGCUUUACAUAUCGCAAUGCACAUUCAACGACAAUUUCUUUUUCAAUCCAGGCCAUACCAUGCCUCAACUGUUAAUCAACCACUCGGAACUAUUAUUUUACACCAGCAAAGACUUAAAAAUGCAUAUUACCACCCAACACACAUAUACCACAGGGACAACAGCACCAAUGCCCUAUGAUGAAUUACAUGAAUGUACCCAAUGUGAGGAGAUAUUCGAUGAUGCCACAACCCUUAGGAAGCAUGAAGCUGCAAAACACCAUAUUAAACAAGUAACACCAAAAAUUUACAAGGAUACCAAACACAUAUGCAAAGAAUGUGGAAAUCAAUUCGGAGGUCAUGCUCAAUUGUCUGCUCAUAAACGUUUACACAAAGAACGCCCCUUUAAAUGUGAUCAAUGUGAAAAAUCAUAUCCCCGCAGAGUAGAGUUGGAAAUUCACAAGCGUACACAUACUGGUGAACUGCCGUUUGCGUGUCAUUUGUGCAAUAAACGUUUUGCCAUUAAGGUUCGCCUGACCUAUCAUUUGCAAAAACAUGAAGGUGUUUGUCAUUCCUGUGAUUAUUGUGGAGCCACUUUUGACAAUCGCAAUAAAUUAAAAUCACAUCUAUUCAAGCACACCGGAAUGCCUUACAAAUGUGAAUUGUGUCCAGGUGUAGAGUUUGAAAGAAGGCUUAGAUUUGCAAAUCAUAUGCAACGUUGCCAUCAACGCAUAUUAACGGACGACGAACUGGCUGCGAUAUUUGCUAAAAACACUGGAAAGACCAUUAGAUUUAAGCCAGCCGAUAGCAAAAACUUUGAAUAAACCUAUGGAAAUUUAAUUUUUAAAUGAAA